UCACCAUGUCUGCUCCCCAGUCCAACCAGUCCGUCGACCCAUACCAGGCCAAGCUCGAGCGCAUGCGCGCCAACGCGACCGACGACUCGAUCCGGCCGUUUAUGGACGACACACACAUCCAGCACGAGAACCUCACGCCGGAGCAGGCCAGAGCCUAUGCGCUCUGGGGCAACCCCGACGCCACGGGUCCCAAGGAUAUCACGAUCAUUGCCGACAAGGUCGAGAUCGCGCCCGCGCGCCAGACCACCCUCCCCCACCAGACCAAGCUCGAGCACGUUCGGGCGAACAUCGCUGACGACUCGACGCGCCCCUUCAUGGACGACACACAUGUCCAGCACGAGAACCUCACGCCCGAGCAGGCUAGAGCCUUCGCGCUUUGGGGUAACCCAGACGCGACCGGUCCCCAGGACAACAUUACGAUCAUCGCCGACAAGGUCGAGGUCGCGCCCCCGCGCCAGACCACCCUCCCGCACCAAACCAAGCUCGAGCAUGUGCGCGAAAACAUCGCCGACGACUCGACGCGGCCUUUCAUGGACGACUCGCACGUUCCGCACGAGAACCUCACGCCCGAGCAGGCUAGAGCCUUCGCGCUCUGGGGCAGUCCCGACGCCACGGGCCCCACAGAGAUUAAGAUCACAGCCUCCAACAUCCAGAUCAAGUCAACCGGGUCGCAGGCCGCCCCGCAGAGCUCCACGCAGGCAUAGAUUCCUCCCGGCCGUUGUAGCUAGACAGUGACCCGAAAGAUUGCUGGCAGUAAACCACAGUCACUGUAUGUAUCUUGUCAACCUUACGUGCGUGGGCCAAGUGGUAAGGUGGGCGUGGG